UGGCGUAGUUGGUGUGGGACCAAUAUUUUUCAAUUUACCUCCUGGAAACAGUCAUCUAGGAAACGUUAUGCAACUUCAUUGUCAGACGGGAUAUUAUAUAGCUAUAACAGAGAAAGCCAGGGUCAUAGGAAUUCGCGCCGAUGUGAAAAACUUACCCAAUCAUUCAGCAUUAAUGGAGAUAUCGUCGGCUGGAAUAGCAGGACAUAUUCGAAUUAGGGCGAAAAAAUUUAAUUAUUAUCUGGCAAUGAAUAAAAAAGGUCGACUUUAUGGAGAGAAAGAACCUUUACGCAAUACAACAAUAUUUGUGGAGGAAAUGACGAAUGGAUACAACACGUAUCGUAGCAUUAUGUCCGCCAACGCGUGCUCCAUAAGUCAAAAAGUCUGCACUCGUGGCUCAUACAAUUUGCGUGCAUGGUACGUUGCUCUGGAUAGAAGAGGACGAGCUAAACGUGGACCCCGUACGGCUCGAGGACAGCGUGCAGUUAGAUUUAUGCCAAGAAGAUUUUUAGGAUUAUAAAAUAUUAAGUUGAUCGAAUGCAUCUCAAAUAUUGAACCCCGCUUCUAUAUGCAUGAUCGUGAUAAACCUUUAUGCGCUCAUAGAAGCACAGACUAAUAUUAAAUAUUGAUCUAAAAUUACUGAGAUAGACUUAAAUGUACUAACUAACGUUACAACACUCAAAUUUUUAACACACACUUUAUUUAAUAAUUACAGACGUUUCGA